AAACUUCAAAAAUUCCAGAUUAAACAAUUAAAAAAAAGAAAAUUACAUUUUUCCUUAAUUAAAACAUAUUUUUACUUAUUAUUUCUAAAAUAUAAAAGUUACCUUAACAAAAACUAGCCUUAUUAAAUAAAACACAAUGGCAUUACGUCCGGAUGAUCAUCGGCGAAAAUGGGACAAGGCCGAAUAUCAAAAACUAGCCCAGGAACGCUUGAAAGUUACAAAAGAUCCACAAGAAGAAGAACCUGUACAACGUGAGAAUCUCAAACGUCGCGAUUACAAAGUCGAUUUAGAUAGUAAAUUAGGUAAAAGCGUUGUAAUCAACAAAAACACACCAACCUCCCAAUCGGGUGGUUAUUAUUGCAAUGUUUGCGAUUGUGUUGUCAAAGAUUCUAUCAAUUUCCUUGAUCACAUCAAUGGAAAAAAGCAUCAACGUAAUUUGGGUAUGUCGAUGAAAGUCGAACGAAGUACAGUGGAUCAAGUUAAAGAACGCUUCCAACAAAAUAAGAAAAAAAUGGAAGAAAAGAAAAAAGACUACGAAUUGGAGAAGAGAUUACGUGAAGCCAAAGAAGAAGAAGAACGUUACAAGGAACACAAAAAGGAAAAGAGAAAAGAUAGAAAACGAAAGGCCGAAGAGGAUUUUAGUGCCGAAAUGCCAGGUGAUAUCGCUGCCAUUAUGGGUUUCUCUGGAUUUGGAGGAUCCAAAAAAAAUAUAUAAACAAAAACAUAUACAAAACAAAACUUGUGUUCUUUGUUUGGUUAAAUUUUAUUAUGAUUAUCUGAAUUAAAAACAAUUACAAAAAAUAGUUAAAAGAAAAAUAUAACUAGUUAAAAAAAAUAGAAACUUAAAAAACUAGCGGUUUGUUUUAGAGGAGAAAAAUAAAUAACAUCAAGUUUAGUAAAAAAUUAA